AUGAGAAUAUAUCAGUGUCAUUUCUGUUCCUCGCCGGUGUACCCUGGCCAUGGUAUUAUGUUUGUGCGUAACGACGCCAAGGAGUUUCGUUUCUGCAGGUCGAAGUGUCACAAGAACUUCAAGCAACGGAGGAACCCACGUAAGUUGAAGUGGACCAAGGCGUUCCGUAAGGCUGCUGGUAAGGAGCUUGCUGUGGACUCUACGUUGACAUUUGCGCAGCGCAGGAAUGUGCCAGUCAGGUAUAACCGUGAGCUUGUGGCGACGACGUUGAAGGCCAUGUCGCGUAUCGAGGAGAUCAGACAGAAGCGUGAGCGUGCGUUCUACAAGAACAGAAUGAAGGGUAACAGCGAGCGGGACUUCCUAAGGGACAAGAAGCUGGUCGAGACCAACCCAGAGUUAUUGAGGUUGAGAGAGGUGGAGAUCGCCAACAGGCUGGCAAAGGAACAAGCCGCUGCAGAGGAAGUGUCAGAAGAGGAAUCCGAGGAAGAGGAAGACAUGGAGGUCGACAGCGAGGAAGAAGAAGAAGAGAAACUCCAGAAACAAAAGAUCUUGUUGAAGAACAAGAAGAGAAACGCAAAGAAGCUUGCAUUCUAA